AUGGUAAAAGAAAUGAAAUCGUUCGAGCAAGGUUCAUCUUCGACAAGAAAGCUAUUUGAAAGAGUCUUUAGUGAGAAUGAUGAAGUUGUCAUUCUCCAAGGCGUCGCAGCACGUAAGGUUGUAAAUAUAUAUUCAGAUGACGCUGAAAUUUACAAUUACUUUAAGGAGAAAUUGAGUUUCAAGCCUAGCCAGGCUCAACUCAAAGAAAAGAUUCGUAAGUUGAGAAUGAAGUUUAUUGGUAAAGUGAAAAACAAACUUCCAAUUUUUCCUCGUCAACAUGACCUACGGUUAUAUAAUCUUUCUAAGAAAGUUUGGAUACCAAAAACAAAAGAGUUAGACGAAAAUGGUUUGAAGAACAUGUUCGAGAGCGGAAGGAAAUUGCUUAACAAAAAAACGAAAGCUGAGUUUGAUGAAAGGUGGAAUAAGUUGAAACUUAUGGAAAUCGAUUAUCUUAACUACCGUUCAGCGUUUUGUGAGGACCUUUCUAAAACUCUUUCGUCUGUGGGGUCGUUAGACCGCCGCUUACUUACUAAGCGCUGGUUCUAUCCCGGCCAAGCAACCAAAGCCGGGGACCUAGGUGGGAAUCGUGAAAGAAAAGAAAGAGAAGGGGAAGAAGCGGGGUGGAGUAGUUGGUUAACUCGUCAGGCUCAUGAUCUGAAGAUUGCAGGUUCGAAUCCUGCCCCCGCCAUGUCUUGA